UGCAAGAUACAACUUUUGGGUAUAACAUGAAUGUUACAUCACUAUUUAACCAUGGAAAUGUAGAAACCCAUAACUCACUGUCAGUACAUGUACCAGCUCUAGCAUACAUAGAUGAUAUCAUUUGGUUGUCACAAUCUAAAGAGUCCCUUAAUAGCCUGCUCUGUAUAGCCGACAGCUUCUAUGAAUUAAAUUCUAUCCAGAUUAAUUGGAUAAAAUCAACGCUCUUGUCACCAUUUAAGAACCAAAAUGCUGUGCACUUUCAACUCCUGACAUCUGCACUCAAUCUUAUACCGGCCAAGUAUAAUUCAUCUAUAAGAUACCUUGGCAUUUGGAUCUCAAUGUCGAACAACAAACAGUUCAUUCAAAAACAAGUUCAACUAGACUUGCACACAGCUACCCACGCCUUACGCUCAAAAGUACUUACAGAUAAACAGAUAAUAUAUAUUUAUAAUUUUGUAAUCUUACCAAAAAUCAUGUAUAGAAUGCAACUUACAUUCCUGGGACACAAAGUGUGCGACAAAUUAAUGGGCUCAUUUAGGAGGAUUCUUAAAACGAAAUUAUUUUUAUCCAAUGAUACACCUAUUGCUGCAUUCCAUACACCCUCA